AGUCUGGGUCGGGAGCAAUGUUACUUCACCUAUGUUUGAUCCAUCGCUGAGUUUGACCCCAGUUUCGGAGACUAUGAACAUCGAUCCACUCCAGAAGCCUCGAUUGACUAAGACACGGAAAGCAAUGCACAAAAAGCAGAUCAAAGUGGUGAAUUCCAGUGGCAACGAAGGAAGGCCACUGGCAGAUAUUCUACGGCUAAAUAACGAAGGUGAAGCCAGUCGUUUUGAGAAUGAAAUCAUCGCUAGUACACAUUUGAACAAUGACAGUGUUUGGGACGCAUCGGUGUUGAAAGAAGUGGUGGCUUUCUAUGUUGACAGCGUUAUAGCGUAUGCAAACGCUAAUGCCGACUUGAAAUCAUCUAGAUUCCGAGCAUGCUUUCGAAUGGCUCGAGAUUUGGCACUUUUUCAAAAUGAUUUUUACAUCGACGAGCUGCUGAAAGUAUACAACACCAACUUCAAAGGGAAUUUCAUUGGUAAGGAGGACGAGAGAAUAGAUUUUGAACUGUUCCUUGAGCAGUUAGUCGAAAGUCACCCGGCAUACCGGAAGUAUGUUAAUCACAGCCUUCGACAACAUAACACUGCUCCACUAAAUGCAUUGGACUGGUUAGCACAGAAUCACUUGCGACCGCAUGUUGUACACCGAAAAAGAGCAAAAUAUGGCCCGGUAAAGUCAUUUUGGAUCUGGAAAUCUAUGCCCGCAGACAUGGAUAUCGCCCUGGAAAAGUUGAUUCCGACUAUCAAAAAAUACAUGCGAGUACUUGGACAGUUUUUUCUACGCCAAGCUGUCCAAAGCUCUUCAACGACAGAUAAACCACGAGACUAUCGAAUGAGUAGCAACGCGUUUAUCAGUCUCAUGAAGCAGGUUCGAGUGUUCCCUCAACUAUUUCAUCGCCGCGAGCUUGAAAAUGCCGUUCGUCUUUCGUGCUGCUUUUCUCCUGAGACUGAGGAGCUGAAUUUUCCAGAAUUUAUCGAGACUCUUGUGCGUUGCUCCUGUCACCUUCGUUGGGGUGAACUUGAUCGAGGUAAAACUACAAGCGAGAGUAGUGACGGUACUGUGGUCGUCAUCAAGUUUGUUAUGCUAAUUUUUGCGAUGGAAGGCCAGGGAUCGGUACUGAAGAAGCGGAAUGAGGAUGUCAGCGCGAUUUUAGGAUUCUUGGGACAACAACAGAAGAAGAAUCAGGCUGAGAAAUUGUUUCGUUUUCGUAAAAUGCUGGCGGAUAAUAAGCGACGAGCUCGAGCAUCUAGGAACCAGGAGCUCCCUUCAGUAUGGAACCAGGUGAGGCUUCACUUUUCUCCGAUGAACUCGCCUACCAAAUCUACUACAAGAUCACAUGAUACUUUCGACGAGUUGACCGAGUCGUGGGAUGGUGGAUCUCCUCGUCGAGUCUCGACCGAACCAUGUGUGUUUGAUGCACACACCAAUCAGCCUUUUGAUAUCGACUUACCUUCCCCGAAUGCCAAUGCGAUCGAUCACCAGGCUGGUCAGCCAAACUCAGUGGAAUUUGUGAACAAUAACUACGAUCAGAAGGAUUUUGCUAGUCUCAGUCCAGCAAUUUCAAUGGAAGUGCCCUCGACACUCGGAGCCGGAAGCCAUGCCACUGAAUCAGUACAAAGAAUAGAAUCAACUGUGUUAACGGGAGGUAGCGUUUCUUCGACCAUUCGCCAAGAAGGAAAAGAAGGUUUUGAAUCAGUUGAAAGCCUGGAUGGUGCUACAUCGGCAACAAUCGACGAAGAAGUCGUGAAUUCUGGACCGACACACCAGUUUACGACGAUCGGUUUGGUGGAGCCCAUGGAAAAGGACGCCUUUCUUCGUGAAAUCCUGGAUAGUAUUGGAGAUGUUGAGCUCUUACUUAGUCAACCGAGGUUUACUGGUAGCAAUUACUCAAAGCUUGGUAAGUUUUGGGACAGCUCGCUGGCUUUGAAGCUUCUACUGAUACUUCACUGUCAUGCUUUGUAG